AUGCCUUUGAAUGGCUCCAGUACCAAUCGGCAGCUGACGGAUUCACUCAAAUCCACCACAGACACCGGAUCAGUCAAACGUACACCGUCACAGAGUUCCUGCAAAUUUGAUGUGAAACGAAUUGGACCGGAAUGUGAAAACUAUAGUCCCGGAUCAUCUAAACCCCAGACCGAUGUUCGCAAGACGAGAAUGGUGUAUGUGGAUGCACGAAAACCGAAAAAGAAACGUGUCAAUGUAUCCACUGCACCAAUUUACACUGCAACAACAUCCAUAGGGCACGGAUCCCGUGCACAUACAUGGUCCACGGCAAUGCGCCGGCUAAAAUCAGCAGAACACAGCUCCAUGGAAGACCACAUCAUUCCCACUUCCCCGGGUGCUCAAUCUUUCGGACGCAAUAUGGCACCUGUGGGGGAUGACACUAUUGGAAAUAGUUCAGGGGAUCAUACAAGUUAUUUGAGUGGAUUAAGUGUUACAAAAUUUCAACCGGUUGAUGCUGGUGAGUUACACACUAAUUUGAAAAAGAUUGUAAAGUUGAAGGACAAUAUGGUGUAUUGCUUAUUAAUUGCUAUCAAUCCUCAUGAUCGGCUUGCAAUAUAA